GGGCAAGCUACGACUCCAUCAUGAGUAACUAAGGCAUUCCCUUUUUUGGCUCCAAGCCUCGAGAGAUUAUUCGUUCAUCGGACAUUUUGUAUAUCAGAACCCCUCGCUCCUGCGCCAACCAAACCCUACCUGAGCGCUUAGUAUGAUCUGACCUCGUUCUCCUGUUGUAGAAGGGGCUCAGUCAUAGCCUUGUGUCUUAUACAUGCAUACGUAACCGACCAACCUCCUCCCCCCAUCCCCCCUUGACCGAUACGUCAAGCUGAAGAAGCGUAUUUCAGUCAAGGGACAUCCCACAAUAGCAGAACUUGGAACUGGAUAGUACAGUGCUGUCGCCAUAACAAUGGAUAAGCCCUCGUCUCACAACCAGACAGGGUCAUUGCAGGUCAACGGCCCUCUCUCUCCUCCCCUUACUCCGGCCGUGAACGGCACGGGCAACGCCACGGGCACCCUGGAUGGUACCAACAAAUCCUUCCCCGGCGGGCGACCAGCGUCUCCGGACCCAAGUAUCUCCUCGAGGUCCGGCUCUAGCUCGAAAAAUGUAUCCAGCACGACCUCGAGCCCACGGCCCCAGCCAGCGUCGAUCUUUACAGCACCCUCCUCGACCUACUCUCAGCCGUCCUCCACUCCGGACCUGCGCCUUCUCGAGGACUCUACUCCCCAACUGCCAAAACGCUCUCUCCUUGAGGCCGAACACAAAGGACAUGCCACCCCACAAGCACCACAAGCAGCAGCAGCAGCAGCAGUGACAGCAGCGACAGCAUCAUCACAACAAAAACAACAACAAGCACCCGGCUGGCGCAAACGGCGCGUCUACACGGACGGGAGGCAGGACGCGCCGUUCCCGCGGCUGUCCAAGCCGGUGGAGCUGCUCCGCGGCGCGUACGACGUGGUGGUGAUCGGGUCCGGGUACGGGGGCGGGGUGGCGGCGUCGCGGAUGGCGCGGACGGGCCAGUCGGUCUGCGUGCUGGAGCGCGGCCGCGAGAAGUGGCCGGGCGAGUACCCGCGCGGGACGGCCGACGCGGUCCGCGAGCUGCACUGCUCCGGCGCCUUCGCCCCGGGCUGGCUCAAGGGCCUCCCGAUCGACGCCGGCGACCCCACCGGCCUGUUCCACCUCAUCAUGGGCCGCGGCCAGAGCGCCGUGGUGGGCAAUGGACUCGGAGGGACGAGCUUGAUCAACGCGAACGUGUUCAUGGAGGCGGAUAAGGAGACAUUGGCCAUGAAGGUGUGGCCGCCGGAAAUCAGGGAGAAUGUGGAUGAGUUGGAUAAGUACUACGCAAAGGUGGAGGCCGUCCUCGAGCCCCAGGAGUAUCCGGACGAGUGGCCCAAACUGGCCAAGGCGGAGCUGUUCAAGAAGCAGGCCGAGCUUCUGGGACUGGGGCACAAGUUCAAGAAGGUGCGGCAGACCACGCGCUUCACCAACGGGCCCAACAGCUGCGGCGUCGAGAUGUCGCCCUCGACAUUGACUGGCCAGGACACGACGGGGAUCAACGACGGGUCCAAGAACUCGACCCUGGUCACGUACAUCGCCGACGCCUGGAACUGGGGCGCCGAGAUCUUUUGCGAGUGCGAGGUGCGCUACAUCGAGAAGGUCGAGCACGACGAGGGGUAUCGGGUCUACUUUGCCUGGCACGGCCGCAAUCGGGGCUUGUUCAAGGCCAACUUGCAUGGCGACCUCAUGUGGGUGCAUGCGAAGAAGGCCGUCUUCCUCGGCGCGGGAGCCAUUGGCUCGACCGAGAUCUUGCUACGUAGCAACGCCAUGGGCCUCGGGAUGAGUGACCUGGUUGGCCAGAACAUGAGCGGCAACGGUGACAUGCUGGCGUUUGGCUACAACACGGACGAAAAGACAAACAUUCUCGGAUCUGAGAAGCCGUCUCCGUAUGAUCCCAUCGGCCCUACCAUCACCAGCGUCAUCGACUGCCGGGAAGGGAACGAGAACCCGUUGAACGGGUUUGUCAUUGAGGAGGGCGCCAUCCCGCACGCCCUGGCCCCUUUCUUCCAAGCCAUGUUGGAUCUCAUGCCGGGGAAGAAGGAAUCCGAGAACGAGACUCUGUUCGAGAAGACGCAGGCCGCCCUGGCACGCUAUGGCAGCAGGAUCCUCGGGCCGUACUUCAAGAAGGGGGCCGUGGAGAAGACCCAGGUCUACCUCGUCAUGUCCCACGACAGCAGCCAAGCGGUCCUGUCCCUUGUGGACGACAAGCCAAUGCUCGAAUUCACCGGGUUCUGCCGGAGCCAUCACGUCAAGAGGCUCAACCAGCUGCUCGAGAAAGCUACCGAGGCUGUCGGCGGCACCCUCGUGCAUAGCCCCUUCCAGGCGGUGCUGGACCAGCAGAUCACGGUCCAUCCUAUCGGCGGUGCCUGCAUGGCCCGGGACAACACGGGUAAGACGGGCGUGACCAACCAUGCGGGCCAAGUCUUCACGGGAAGGGGCUCUGAGACGUACGACGGCCUGAUCGUGACGGACGGGUCGGUCAUCCCGGCUGCGCUCGGGGCCAACCCAUUCGCCACCAUCGCGGCCCUGGCUGAGCGCUCGGUCGAGAUGUAUGCAAAGUCCAAGGGGCUCACCAUCAGCGAGGAGAAGAACGGGAUCCUGGACCUGCUCGGCGAGCCCCAGCACGCGCCGCGGCGCGACCGGCCGAGCCACAAACGGGAGCAGAUCCGGAUGAUGGAGGAGCAGGAGAGUCUCGACAUGGCGGACAAGGUGAUCCGGUCAGCCCGCGAGCUCAGCGCGGGCGGCAUCGGCUUCACCGAGGUCAUGUCUGGCUUCAUCCACCACGACGAGAACCUGACGGGCGACGACCGCGAGACGUACGAGCUCGCGCACCGGGUGGCCAAGUCGCGGUGCGAGAGCGCGCGCUUCUUCCUGAGCGUGCAGGCCUUCAACACGCGCGAGCUGGUCAGGCACUCGCAGCACCGCGGCAUGCUGACGGGCACCUUCGUCUGCCCGGCCAUCCCGGGGUCGCCCUUCAUGGUGCAGCGGGGCGAGUUCAACCUCUUCAUCCUCAACAACAAGGCGCCGGGCACCCGCAACCUGACGUACGACUUCGACAUGACGGGCGUCGACGGCCGGAGGCUGCACUUCCACGGCUACAAGGUGGUCGACUCGUCCGUCGCCCUGGCCCCGUUCGAGUUCUGGAGGGCCACCAGCACCCUGUACGUCACCGUCAGCAAGCACGUCGAGGGCAUGUGCGCCGACCUCGACGACGAGGACGCCUGGCGCCGCGGCCCCGUCGUCGCCAAGGGCGUCAUGCACAUCCGGCCGGCCGACUUCCUCUCCCAGAUCGAGACCAUGACGCCGACCGGGAGCAACGUCGUCCGGAGGGCCCUCAGCGCCGCCAGCUUCCUGACCUACUUCACCCGCAAGUCGCUGUCCCUCCUGCUCACGCCCCUGACGCCGCUCGAGUACCCGACCAAGACGUGCAGCGGCUACAUCAACCACACGCCCCCGGACCGCUCCGUCGACAUCGUCGCCCCGGACGGCGUGUGCUCGCGCAUGCACGUCUGGGAGCCCACCCACGUGCCGGAGGACUCGGGCGUGCGCAACCUCUUCAUGAUCCCCGGCGCCUCGGUCGACCACCAGAUCUUCGCCCUCCCGACCAUCCCGUUCAACGCGGUCAACUACUUCACCCGGGCCGGCUACCGCGUCUUCGUCUCCGUCCACCGCAUCAGCCAGCUCAUGAUGGCCGGCAGCCACUGGACGACCUACGACGCCCGCCUGGACCUGCGGGCCUGCCUGGAGCACAUCCGCACCGCCUACGGGCCCGAGCCCGUCUACACGGUCGCGCACUGCAUGGGCAGCGUCGCCUUCGCGUCGGGCCUCCUGGACGGCACCAUCCCGGCCUCGUGGAUCCUCGGCAUCACCUGCUCGCAGGUCUUCAUGCACCCGAUCUGGUCGCCGACCAACAUGGCCAAGGUCCUGGCCGGGCCGGUGCCCAUGGACCGGCUCUACUCGCUCGUCGCCGGCAGCUGGUUCUCGUGCGGCGCCUCGCCGCCCGGCGACGCCGCCUGGCCGCAGCGCGCGCUCGACCAGCUGCUGCGCCUGUACCCGCAGCCGCGGCGCGAGAUGUGCAGCAGCGCGUCCUGCCACCGGACCAGCCUCGUCUUCGGCCGGUGCUGGAACCACGCGAACCUUAACGAGGCCACCCACCGGCAGAUCGACCGCUUCUUCGGCGGCGUCAACAUGACCCAGCUGCGCCUGCUCAUGCGCAUGGGCCGCGACGGCCACGUCAUGGCCAACCCGCCCCUCUUCGAGCGCCUCACGGGGCCCGACAACGUCGCCCGCCUGCGCGGCCUCCCCGUCUUCCUCUUCGUCGGCCGCGACAACGCCGUCCUCUCGCCCGAGUCCACCGUCCGCUCCUACGAGGUGCUCUGCGACGCCUUCGACCCCGCCGACUACCGCCGCACCGUCGUCCCCGGCUACGGCCACCUCGACUGCUGGAUGGGCCGCAACGCCUGGAAGGACGUCUACCCCCUGGUCCGCGAGGAGGUCGACCGCGUCACCCGCUGCGAGCACUACGAGUUCGUCGAGCCCGACGACCGCUUCAAGGCCAUGGUCCACGCCGGAGAGCUGCUCUAUUGAUCAUCUUUUUUUUUGUUUAAUAAAAAAAAAUCAUGAGAAAGCAAUUGACGGAGUCGUGUGGCUAUAAUAGAGCUCUUGUGAGAGAUCAUGUCCUUGUUGAGAGGGUUCAUCACCUUGGCGUUUGGGCGGACCUGUGUACCUAUCUGUUGCCUUUUUCCUUUUCUUUUUUU